AUGGCAAGUGUUGUGAUGGGCAUUAUUGGCGGCAUCGCGGCGUGGAGUCUUGCUGUGUUCAAAGACCCUACGCAAGCGUCUGUGCUACAUCACCAUGCUCUCUCAGAACUGAAGCCGUUGUUGUCACCCAAUGCAAGCAUCCAUCUGCCUUGCUCCGAAGGCUUCCAGACGGCGAUGGAUCGCUGGACUAGGUGGAAGAACCCGGAGUUCGAUGUUAUAGUUGAAGUCGUCACCGAAGAUGAUGUCUCGAAAGCGGUACAAUACGCCAACCAGCAAGAGCAACAAUUUCUAGCCAUCUCAGGCGGUCAUGGUGGAACGAAGCAUUUGGGAGAUGUCGAGCAUGGAGUUGGCAUCUGGAUGCGGAAGAUGGACGGCGUACAAGUCCACGAAGAUGGCUGCAGUGCUACAACUGGAGGCGGUGUUCUGUCGAAGAAAGUAGUCGAUGCUCUAUGGGAAGAGGGCAAGCAGACUGUGAUCGGAGCAUGUGAGUGUACAGGAGCCAUUGCACCAGCGCUCGGAGGAGGCCAUGGCUGGCUCCAAGGCCGUCACGGUCUUUUGGCCGACCAGAUUCUAUCCGCCCGCCUGGUUCUUGCCAAUGGAACUGCUGUGACGGUCUCUUCCAGCUCGCAUCCUGACCUGUUCUGGGCGAUCCGAGGCGCCGGACACAACUUUGGUAUCGUGACCGACAUGCAGUACAAGGUGUACGAUCGCACGCCCCAAAACGAAAAGUGGGCCAUGGAGACGCUCACGUUCAGUGGAACAAAGCUGGAAGAAGUCUUGCAGGAAUUGAACGAAAUGAUGAAGCAGUAUCACGACGUGGUAGAGUUAGCGCACUGGACGGAGGUGCUUUGGCUUUCGCAAGUCGAUCCUAAGCUGAGUCCGCUGUCUCAUGACACCUUCCUCACAGACCUACGGGGGCUCGCAGCUCCCCUGAUGAUGGACAACGAUGGUGCGGCCUGUCAGCACGGCUCUGCCUACCUCCGGUUCCCUUUCGGCGGUUCCGAGUACAACAUCGAAGGUCUACGAAUAGCAUACGACACUCUAGCCGCCCUCCCGCCCAAGCUCAACCAGUCUUGGAUAAUCUCCGAAGGGUACUCCAUGCGCGGCGUCCAAAGCGUUCCAGCAGAGAGCACCGCAUUUCCUGAUCGAUAUAACAGCCUUUUGAUGGCCGUUUUCAUGGUGUAUUCUCCAGAAGACGAAGCUCUCGAUCAGCAGGCUGCUGAAUAUGGAGAAGCCAUGCGAGACGAUGUGGUGAAGAGCAGUGGUGAUGGGCUACAGGCCUACGUCAACUAUGCAUUCGGCGACGAGAGUCAGGAAGCAUUGUAUGGCUACGAAUCCUGGCGACUCGACCGCCUGCAGAAGCUGAAGGCUCUCUAUGACCCAGACGGGAGGUUUAAUUUCUACAAUCCAAUCUUGACGUGA